UCGUAGUGUGAGGGGUGUAUUUGUGGUAUUUGUCUGCCGUUGUAUGUAAAUAAACAAAUCGAUCUAUCAUCUUCGGAUUCAGCACAGACGUUAUAUUAUUUUCUGUGCUUCAUUUUAUUUCAUACCGCAUUGGAGUCCAUUCAAAGGAUGAAAGUAGAGGUUGAGUAUGAGCUUGACCGGAAUCGAGAAACGCGGUUGGAACGAGUUGAAUCUACAUUACAACACGUGGAAGGAGAUGACGACUCAGAGGACUAUACGGAGGAAGAAAUGCUGUUAUAUGCCGACUUCGAAAACUAUCUGUCCCAGGAAGAGCUAACCGAUCCGAAUGUUCGAGUGAAAAUAGUCGGGAUAGAGUCCGAAAAUCCAAUCAUACAAGUCAACAACGAUAUCUAUAAGGGAACGUACGAUUUUGCCGUAGGGACAAAUGUAUUCUUUGAAGAAGACUCAAAAGGAAAGGCCUCGAUCGAUCCGCUGUACUCGGCUAAUCCGGAAAAGUUGUACAAAUAUGUAGGACAGAGCACAAAGGUACUUACAAUGAAGCGAAUAUUUAUCACCCCUAAGACGGAGCAGGUUAAGACAGAACCAGGUACAGCGGCAGAAAUUACUCGGGACAAUGCCAGCCAAUACACAGUCACCCACACGUAUGAGGAGGCACUGAAUAUGCAUUUGCCGGAGGGUCAUUAUCCGCCAAGGCACAUUGAGCAGGAACAUAAUUGCGAAAAAGUCGUCAAGAGAAAAACUACUAAACUAACCAUGGUGGAGAGUGAUGUUGAGGAUGAUGCCAUGCGAGAUGAUCCUCGGGAUGCCGAUUUCCGACCUGGAGGAAGCAAAUGAAGAUUGAUUAGAAGUAGAAUUUCAAUUGCUAAGAGAAAUAUAUUUAUUUCUUGGAGUAGAGUUGUAUAGAAAUGUAAAAAUAAAUCAUUUCUGUAAACGUUGAAAAAAAUAACAAAUUUAU